AACACCCCCUCCACUGAGUGACUUGAAGCGAUACUCCUCACCUGGACAACCGGAGCACAUCAAAAGUACACGUGCAAGGGUGGAUGUGACAAUGACCUCUGAAGUCCAGUUCAAAGCUACUGACCACCCUCGUACGGUGGCUAUCUGGACGGCCGGGGGUGUCAGCUCAACGCUACCUGUAAUCAAUCACCUGCUUCACCUGUGAAACUACUUCCCUGACAAAUCAGCUGAUUAUACAUGACAUCACCAUGACCUCAGCAGGUCACGUGUUCGUGUUGACUGCGCUGAUUCAGUCCGCGGUACAUGUUCAUACAUCUGACGUCACUCCAUCUUGUAAUUACACCCUCACGACCACCCGUGGGGUGAUCCGCUCCCCCAACUACCCCCACCCCUACCCUGGCGGGGUAACAUGCCAGUGGCACAUUAGUGUUGCUAAUUAUGUUAACGUCAGCGGUGUGACUAUAGCCAUUAAACACUACUCAACACAAGAAACCAACUCAGCCGCGUUGUUUGAAGAGGAACUUCUAAUAUAUGAAGAAAACCCCUCUUUUCCGAACGCGACGCCAAAUGUUUACUCGGAGCGCGAUGAUGUUUACCAAUCACAACAACGCGAGCUCUGGCUGAGGUUUUCAUCUGCUCCAAACAUCGGAAUUAGAAGACCGGGACAGAACUUUCUUGGCUUCGACAUCCUGUACAGUGCUGUUAUUCUGGGAGACAGCUGCCCAUCUCGCGAUAAUCCCGUUACUCCUUUAAAUGCAUCCCUUGUUGGCAAUAGUACUGUGGGGUCGGUCAUCUCCUAUAGCUGUACCCCUGGCUUAAGGCUUGACGGGGCUCGUGUGACUGUAUGUGUGUUGGGCGAGUCGGGCCAACCCACGUGGUCCGACCCCGCCCCUUUGUGUUUGGACACAUGCAAACUACCAACGAUACCAAACGGGAACACGCGAUAUUCCGAUUUAAAAAUCAAUUCAACCUUAACAUUUUUCUGUGAUUCUCCAUAUAUUGUUAAAGGAGGGGAUACGGUUAAAUGCAUUCUUGAUAACGGUGAAACCCCAGCAUGGAACAGAACGACUCUGCAAUGUGAAAUUCCUGAUUGUUCUAACAGAGUGGUUCUCACACAGUGGAGUGGAGUUAUAGUCAACCCGGGUUACGCGACAAGUGUUAUCAACGCCGGCGAGAGCUGUAGUUGGCAGGUCGUUGCUGACGUCGGUCGCAUCAUUCACCUUUCGUUUCUAUACUUCGACCUGCCCCUUGGGAGCUCGCUAGAAAUCACAGACACAGGGGGCGAGAGAAGGCUGAUUUUAGGGUUAGUGGGUGGAGGGGCAUCUCAAAAUGUCACCAGCCUCACAAACGCAGUUGAAAUAGUGUACCAUGGUCCUGCUAGCAACUCCAGCGCUCACCAAGGCUUCUACAUACAGUAUCAGAUGGGAUCUCUCAUGAUGCUGGGACAGGAGGACCGUGGGGGUUCCAGGACCCCCAUUCUCCCUCCGAUCACAACACCGCAGGUGACGACCACAAAGACGGUGACGACGUACGUUGACGACGGCAGUGGGACGGUGAAGAUAGCCGCAGGGGUGGGUGUGCCCGUGUUCAUCUGUCUGAGUGUCCUGCUGGGCUUGUAUCUCUGGUACAGGAAGAAGUACCCCGUGAGGAUGAUUAUAGGCCGAGAGUUCGGCAAGUUCUACAACCCCGAAUAUGCCACGAAGGGCGCGUCGACUCUCACGCUUGUCCGAGAUGACGCUGACGACUUCUUCAAGACUGCUUCUCGGGCUACGUCUAGCGUGAGUUUGGUCAUAGAUAGAGAAAGCGGCCCUCACUAUGUUAAUGUGGCUUUCAGAAAGGACCAUGAAGGGUUGACGUCUAGCGAGCUCGAUGACUUGGAGCAGCAGCCAGUUGAUCAGGACGCUGAAGAUAGGGAGCUGAUGAAGCGGAAGAGCUAUCUCUUUAGUCAUAUGGAUACGUUCGAUGGGGAUGCGGACAGCAGGAAGGGGGACGAUUCUUCCAGCGAGUCAGAUUCUGCGUCCCACAGCGAUAAAAGUCAGACGUCCAGAAGAGCUCAGGAUGUUGUUGCAACCGUUGAACAGGAACAAGGACAGGAACAAGAACAUGAUGUAAAGAUUGAGUCCAACACGUCUCAAUCCGAUGACUCGAGUACGAUCGGUUCUCAGUUAAAUAACCAUUUUCCGUUUCGAAAAAUGUCGCUGUCUGCUUUGAUUGAACGAUCUAGAGAAAGACGAGCAUUCACGAACGAGGAGCCGAGAUCUAGAAGACUUUCCUAUGACGCUAGCAUGUCCGCAAGAGGGCGGUCGCUGUCUGCUAAAACGCCAGGCGAGGUGACCUUGGAGGCAGAGAAGCUGACGGCUUUAUUGAAUAUGUCUAAAAGUGGUUGGGGUCGGUCAAUAUCUGACGAGGAAGAGGAAGGACGCGUGUCUCAAGUACCAGAUAACAUACCUGACCAUGAAGGCGAAAUACCAAACAGAUUAAGCGACAAUGAGGAAAAUCAGGUUGGAUACGAGAAUGUAAGAGGUACGGGUGGUGACGGUGUUCACACUAUGGCGGGAAGGGAGGUUAUACAUGACUAUGAAAAUGUGAGUAUUCCUCCCGAUUCUUCGGUCGUAACUAUCCAAGAAAACAAACAUGAACCCGAUGAAGAAGUAAAUACCCCAAAUGGAGUCUAUGAAGAUGUAGUUGUGACAGAGAGGCGAUCUAGCGACGGGGGGUUGCAUCAAGUUGAAAGUGCAAGGAAGCAAGGUUCUGACACUGAAGAGGGGGUCUCUAGGGGUAAAGAUGAAUCGGGUGCAGACUCUUCUGGAAAGGAGGAAACAGAUUUAGUGACAUCUGACGCCAAGGUUGCACAGCAAUAUCCAAGUGUUCCUGAUUCCGAGAAGGAUUCUUUUGUGAAGGAUGAACUAGAUUCAGUGACCUCUGUCCCAAAGAAUGAUUCUGAGAAGGAAUCUUUCGUGAUGGAUGGUGUAGGUUCAGUUGGACCAAGCGACUCACGUUAUUCUGUUACGGCUCCUGGUCAAGUCUCUGGCCUACCUGAAAGAAGUAGCAUAGUGACGCCUGACAGAAUGCCUGAGGAAGGCGCAGAUUCAUUAGAUGGUGACGACACCGCAGGGGUAGAGGUCCAUGUGAAGACGACAUCAUUGACAGAUCCAACUCCUCCAGAGUCAACAUCUUCUCGGGAAUUUGACGGAGCAGAUAGAACAAAGGAAGAUGUUCCUCAUACUCAUCUUGAACACUUUAAAAGAGCCAGUGCUGAAUCCGACAUACCGUCUCACACAUCAGCUCGUUUACAUCAGACUUCCCGGGAAAACGCUGAUGCUGACGAAAGUGUACUACUAGUGUCAGGCUCAUUCCAUGAUGGGGAGAAACAGGACGGAAGUGUUGAUUUUAGACCAGCGUCAAGUAGUUUCAAAGAAGAUCAUUCAGAAGAUGACUCAAAAGAUGGUAGUGUUAGCGAGUCAUCAGCUUCUAGUGAUGUUUCCGGGUGUUAUGAUUUUGGUAACGUCGUUCAGAAAUCAGAUGAUGAAGAUGAAGAUGAAGAGGCGAAUGGGGAAAGGGAUAUAAACAUCGCUCACCAAACCACAAAAAGCAAUACUGAUUCACCAGAUGGUGUCGUAUCUUUCAAACAAACAGAGGACGACGAGGAUCAGUCAAGUGUUGUGUCUGGUUUUGAGCCGAAGAAAGAAGGUGGAAUAAAUCUGGAUACAAGCUCCUUGUCCUCCCUGGAUCCUUCCUUGUUGGAUACAUCAGUAGAAUUGUCCAGUUCAUCAACAGAGAGCCCUCUUCCCCAGACGCGCAUCUCACAUCCCCCUACCUCAUCCGACCAGCCCAAGAAGGUGCCGGCGCCUGUGUUUACUAUCGGGGAUGACGACGACGACACCCACAGCGACGCCUCAAGCGAGUCCGAGGACGAGGACAAGCCCAGGGCGACGGCCAGCAACAUCAGGAACUCGAUCAACACGAUGCCUGGAAUUGAGGAAGAGUCAGACAGCGAUGAGGGGCGGUCAAGAUCUUACAACAUCAGCGGGGUGGGUGAUGACGUGAGUGAUUCUGGUGAGGAGGAAGAGGAGGGGUUAAAGUUCACGGACGAUGACCUGCUGGCUGAGCUGUCUGACGGCUCCAGUAGUGACGGUCGAGAAAGGAGUGAUAGUUCACAAAAUGUCAAAGUCACGCCAGGCACGUUUGUUUUCGGGGAACCUGACGAUGAUGUUGAUGUGUGAUAGUGUAAUCAGUUAUGCUGCGUGUGUACUGUGUCUGAUGCUUAGUUUUCUUCGUAUGUGGACAAGAUUGUGAGUUCGUUGGACGUGUGAAGAUAUCACUUGCAACAUUCAUUCAAGGGUGAAGGGAACAAAAUGGUGCCAGCUGAAUAACAGUGCCAUACUGAACGCUGGGAUGUUCUAGUUCCCAGUUACGCAUGUGAAACACAACAGGAUUGGAUGCAGGUACCACACUGACCACUGGAGUGUGUUCCAGCUCUCAGUCAUCUCUGUGAAACCACACGCAUGGAUAUAACAGUAAGCACGGCUUGAAAUUAACAUAAUUCCACUAGUCCGAGACUAGUAAAAUUCAAGAAGGAGUCGUUCUUGCAGAGUAGUGAAAAUAAUAAUUAAUUUCUAACCUUGGUAAGGGAAUUUGUAUAAUUUGUUCUGACAAACAUGUUUGGCCUAAGGUUUAACUCACUCUAAAACAGUGCUGUCUGUCCUAUUACACAAUGGUUGGGCUUGUUUCGGAUAUAAAACAGUUGCAUGUCUUGAACCAGUGGCACACAAUGUGUUAGAUCAGAGUAAAACGUAUCUAGUAUUUCUACUGGUUGUGUUUUGCGUGCGUAUAAAAUUCUCGCCCAAACACGUCCUUCCCUUUAAACGUGUUCCCUUCCUUCUUUCCAUGAGUAUAUCAAAUUAUAUACUAGUAUAUAAUUACAGAUCCUAUUAAUCUACUGUGUUAUACGACGUGUGAUGUUUUGCAUUGUGCCUAAUGCGUUAAUCUAAUGAGAGUUUCAUGUAAUUAGUAUUUUUUCACUUACUAUAUCUAUUUUCACAUUUGAUAUAUUAUUUCAAGGGCGUUUCUGACUAAGAUGGGAAAACCUGUUAUCAUCAAUGUCAUGUUAAUGGGGAUAGUACGAUGCACUGGAUAUUCAUACACGUGAUCGAAGUCUACAACAGACACGCCCUUUUCUAUAAGUACAGUAUGUGAAUUGGGUUGGUUUAUGUGCUUAAUGUUGAAGAUAUGUAGGAAGUAUUACCUAUGUUGAUUGUUUAAUGUUGAUAGAAGAACCAACGAGCUACGUCGAAUGACGGAUCUGAUCAAGGGAAUAUCACCCAUUGCUGAUUAGUGAUUAGUCGUAUUGCAUCAUUGUUGAAAAUAACAUUUGACGUCGCGUUCAUACAGUUUUGUCACUCGCUCUAUAAAGGUUCAUACUCCAAUGAACUCACACAAACUGAAAGUCAAUUAAUUGAUAACAUUACGUCAUCCGAACAGUAGGUUGACUUAGUGAAGUUUCACUGUAGGGCUGACUUUUCGUACACAUUCUUCAUUUUCCUUCUUAAGAUGACAAAGUCUGAUAUAUAGAAAAAUUUAAAGGCUCGAAGCUACACUUUCGGCAGAUAAUCCGUCAUUUCCAUGUACCUCGCUGGUUGUUCUCCAAUGAAUUCCUGUGUGAAUCCUUCAGGGGAGGUCUGUCUCAGUGUGAACGUAUUGUUGAAUAAUGUUGAUUAUAUAUUUUAUAAAGCGAAGGCGAAGUAGUGAUGAAUGCCUGCAUUUAGACAUUCAGAGGGGACGGGGGUAGUUGGCCUACUGGUUAAAGCGUUCGCUCGUCGCGCCAAAGAUCCGCGUUUGAUUCCCCGCGUUGGUACAAUGUGUGAAGCCCAUUUCUGGUUUUCCCCCGCCGUGAUAUUGCUGGAAUAUUGCAAAAUGCGGCGUAAAACCAUACUUCCUCCCUCAUUAUACAUCCAGACUCCGACUUUCUCUGCCCUUAAAGGUAUCCAUUGAGAGCUUAUUAAAAGCGCUGUUUAAUGCCAAAACGAGACUUGCGUGAGUUAUAGCGUCGCGGGGCUAGUCUGCCCGUAAGUCCUUGUUUUGGAAGAAACGUUCAAUCUAAGACGUAUAUACGUCUUUGGUUCAAACAAGGUGUUGUAGAGGUUUAACACUGGUAACGUGUCCGAAAAUUGUAUUAUAUCUAGGCCAUGUGUCAUUUUGAGUCUGCCAGCCUUUGGAUAUAGCUCAAUGACCUCCUUUAAUUCCCUAUCGCCCGAAGUACAUCUAACUAAAUGUAUAAGCAUGGGGAAAUGGACAGAGAAAUGUGGAACUUAAAUCUUACGCGGAUCCGAAGUGGCCCAGUGGUGUCCGUCGCCGAUAUCCAUGUGCAUUGCUUAUUGGUUCCAUAUUCGGCAGUGCGUGGGUUCGAAUCCCAGAUGGCCCAAUGUGUAUCCUUGGUUUGUCAGUACCAUACCCGUACAGAGUGGUACACGUCUACGCCCUGCAUCAUUCGGUCUUUCCUCUCACAUUAAUCUGACACGCCAUGAUAGAACUCAAAUACUGUUCAGAGUGGCGUUAGACUCACUCACUCAUAUGUUAUGCGUGUUCAAAGCGGCGCUAAACUAAACUCGCUCACUAGUCCACGCUAAAAGAAUAAGCACGAUGAUUUUGCACGUUGCUAUAAAAGUUGGUCAACAAAGAUAUUUGUAGCUCAUAGGACAAAGGUUACAAAGCCCUGUUUAGUUUCUC